AUGCCAACAGUUCCUCAAGGCGGAAAAGUCCUAGUCUCAGGCGCGAACGGCUACGUCGCUAUGUGGACCGCGAAGAUAUUGCUUGAGCGAGGAUAUCGAGUUCGAGGGACGGUUCGCUCAGCAGAGAAAGGCAGGUUCAUGACCGAUUAUCUUACGAACCUCGGAUACGGAGAGACGUUUGAGUUCGUGGUUAUUGAAGAUAUCAUCGAGGAUGGCGUGUUCGACGAAGUCGUCAAAGACGUCGCCGCCAUUGAACAUAUGGCAUCCCCAGCUUAUUUCAACAGCAGUGACCCGCAAGAGAUCUUGGGGCCCGCCAUCCAAGGAACGGUUGGCAUGCUCAAGAGCGCAGUGAAAAAUGUCCCAAGGGUCAAGCGCAUCGUGAUCACCUCUUCAACAGCAGCGAUCAUGACUCCAAAUUUAUCUGACCAAAGGGUUUUCAGUGAGAAGGAUUGGAAUGAAGACUCGCCUAAGGAAGUGGAACAGCUCGGUUCAAAGGCUUCGGGAACUACUAUCUACCGUGCAUCCAGGUCGUUGGCGGAGAGGGCCGCAUGGGAAUUCUACAACCAACACAAGUCUCAAGUGUCAUGGAACUUGACCGUUAUCAACCCCUCCUUCGUUUUUGGGUCCCCCAUUCACGAUGUCAGCUCCCCCAAGUCUCUGAAUUCCUCCCUUCAGACGUGGUAUGACCUGGUUGUUUCCGAGUCCCCGAAGGACAAGGAAACACUCGGCCAGUCCGCCGGUUGGGUCGACGUUCGUGAUACUGCUUUGGCGCACGUCCUAGCCCUCGAGAAAGAAGCAGCAGGCGGUGAGAGGAUACUCAUCACAUCUGGGGUGCACUUUUGGCAAGAGUGGAUCAACGUAGCGAAUAGCCUGACACCAAACCCGCUUCCGUCGCACAAAUUUGUUGUCGGAUACCCCGAAAUUCUUCAGGAGAAAGCGAUUCUAGCUACUUAUGACAAGUCCAAGGAAGAACGAAUUUUAGGCAUCAAGUUCAAGACAAUGGAGGAGACGGCCAAGGAUACAUUGGAGGACUUCGCGAGGCGUGGGUGGUAG